CCGGAACUUACCCAUUUAAAACACUGAAAACUUGACGCUGUUUGCCUGGUGAUGUAGCUGAUGACAGGGACAAAACAACACGGGGAAAACUAUGUAGCCGAUGAAAUGGAGUAUGAUGAGAGACUCGCACAUUUCCGACAAACCCGCCUCAAUCCCUUUGAUCGCGGAGAGGGAGAAGAUGGUCCCCAGGGAGGCAAGACGCCACCACAGCAUGAAACAAGGCCUGAGCUGUUCUCUGGGACCAGAACCCACAGUUCAGAUCGGACCAUGGAUCUUGGUCUAGCUGAGGACCACUUCUCCAGGCCUGUGGGUUCGUUUGUGGCGUCCGACAUUGAGCAGCUGAAACUUGCCAUAGAGGAGUGUAAGAAGCUGAUCCUGGAGCUGCCAGAGCACUCGGAGAGACAAAAGGACACAGUGGUGAAACUUAUCCACCUUCGCCUCAAACUGCAGGAGCUUAAGGACCCUGAGGAGGAUGAGCCUAAUCUGAGAGUCCUGCUAGAGCAUCGCUUUUCCAAGGAAAAGAGCAAGAGUGUGAAACAGACCUGUGACAAGUGUAGCACCAUCAUCUGGGGCCUCAUCCAGACUUGGUAUACCUGCACAGGCUGCUAUUAUCGUUGUCACAGUAAGUGUAUGAACAUGAUCACCAAGCCUUGUGUCAGGUCAAAGGUCAGCCACCAGUCCGAGUAUGAGCUCAGCAUCUGCCCUGAGAUAGGACUAGACCGGCAAGACUACCGCUGUGCAGAAUGUCGUACGCCUAUUUCACUGAGGGGCGUGCCAAGUGAAGCCAGACAGUGUGACUACACAGGCCAGUAUUACUGCAGCACAUGCCACUGGAACGACACGGCUAUCGUCCCAGCUCGUGUCAUCCACAACUGGGAGUUUGAACCACGCAAGGUUUGUCGCUCCUCGAUGCGUUACUUGGCCCUAAUGAUACCACGACCUGUGCUGAAGCUCAAAGAAAUCAACCCGCUGCUAUUUAACUUUGUGGAGGAACUGGUCGAGAUCAGGAAACUCCGUCAAGAUAUUCUGUUGAUGAAACCCUAUUUUAUUACGUGCAAGGAGGCCAUGGAGGCUCGGCUAUUACUACAGCUACAAGACCGGCAGCACUUUGUGGAAAACGAUGACAUGUAUUCACUACAGGAUUUGAUUGACAUCUCCAGCGGCAGACUCAGCUGUUCGCUCACAGAGAUCCACACCACAUUUGCUAAGCACAUCAAACUAGACUGUGAGCGUUGUCAGGCCAAAGGAUUCGUGUGUGAGCUGUGUAAGGAAGGAGACAUCCUUUUCCCUUUCGACAGUCACACCUCAGUGUGUCACGAGUGCUCUGCUGUCUUCCACAGAGAUUGUUACUAUGACAACUCCACCACAUGUCCGAGAUGUGCCCGAAUGACCGAGCGCAAGCAGGAUGACGACGUGAAAGAUGCAUAACUCUGGAGAGGACCAACUGAUGUUACUGGAUGUUGCACUUGCGCCUCAUGUUGUGCUCUACACUAUCAACAGAGUCUGACUGAAGACUACAGUAGCUUUUUCGUCUUUGUCCUUGGUUUGUUGUGUGCAUACGUUUAUACUGUAGUGUCUUAAUCUUCCUGUGCACUACAUUAUGAAGCAGGGUACUUCAAACCCCAUCUGGAAAUUAAUAUAUAUAUAUAUUUUUUAUCCAACUUUUUAAUCUAUACUGAAAUUGGAUGUACUGAACACUGUGUAUGUAUGUUUGUGUGAGUGACUGGCAUUAGUGUGUAUGUGUCUGCUUGUAUAAAUGUACAAAAUAAAUGCCCUAUAGAAAAAUGCCACAUUAUCAGUAGGUGAUAAUGCAUGCUUUACAAGCCUCAACUUAAUUAACCUAAACUGCCAACUAUGCUGAAUACUAAAAUUAAAGGUUGCCAUAUAUGCUUACAUUAUUUUUUGGGGAAUUUUAGGGAUCAUAACUUCAGCCUCCAAAGACCAAAUGACAACAUUUAUAUUAACCAGAGAUUUGCCUUUUAGCUUCAUAAUGUAUGUGUCGAUUUUAAAAACAGUAAAUGCUCUUGAAAGUUAAAUGCGUGACCUUGCACUGAGCAUCAGUUCAUUAGGGUAAUUACUGAGUAUAAUACAUAGAAAUCAGUUAGUUUACAAUAAUAAUUGAAUCAAAUCUGUUAGACUUUGCGAUCCUAACAUCACUGGGACUAUUUUCCCUUCAUGUAUUCCAUCAUCUGUUCCAGCACUGACACAUGCACUCACCUAUACUGUCCUUACAGUAGUCUGUACGGGUUCAUGUUGCAUGCAUAAUAUCCCUACAGUUAUAAGCUGUUGAAUCAGUUAACAUUUCAUAAGAACUUAAAAAGCUAUGUCCAGAUAAGAGGCUGUGUAGUAAAUCUUCAAGACCAUAAUUUAAAAUAUACAUACAUAUAUUGACAAAAGGUACAUAAUCAAAGCAUGCAUAACCAGUACAACGAAAAAGGCACGUGGAAGUUAACUGUGCUGUCCUGUUUAUUCAAAACUGUGAGCUCAUUGUAGACUUUUUUGAUCUGUGUUUAAUCUGAUUCAGUCUAGUGCAGUCAGUGUGUAGCAAACAGAUGUGAUUACUCAUGAACAUCGUGUGCCUAAGAUUGUCAAGUUGCAUACAGCUGUUUUCCAAACGUCUUAAUGCACUCGCCAUCAUGUAAUGUAUGUAUAGCACACUGUGUCCAGGGAUGACAAAGUGACACCUUUGGUAAUGUGUAAAUGUCGACCUCAAGUAUUUGUUUUAAAAUAAUGAGUUUUGGCUGUGUUAUCUUUCAGCAUGAUACUGUAUGAUUUUUUGUUAUUUCAAACUAAUAGACAUACAUGGUGUUGGUAAAAGCACCAAAAAACAUGUUGGAGUAGUGCAUGAAUAAAGUCAUGAAAUGCAUUAAAGCUGGA